AUGGCGCUGCAUUCAGUUUUGCUGCUUCUCAUCGUCACUUUCUCUUUCAUCGAUCAUGCUCUGGCUGGCGUUUCCUGUGCAUCGUCUCCUCCUCAGCGGGCUUGCACUGUCACGUAUGAUCCAUCGAGGGUUGCACAGACCGGGCCUACAAGCACGGUGUAUGGAGCGAUCGUAACAACUCGGCUCAAUGUCGUUGAUUGUCGUUACUGUACUGUCACCAAUCUGGAGAACAAUCCUGCACCUGUCGGACCAUUCUCUGAGAGAUGCACAGAAUCUGUUCUCACCAUAACCGAGUUGGGAUGCAUGACUGAGGCUGUCGUGUCCACACGCGGCGGUAUCGGCUCUCCUAUCAGCACCUCUCUGGACGAAAUACCGCUGCAGACGUCACCUCCCAUGCUCGACAAGCGUGCUGUUUUAGCUGAGCAAGAACUUGCAAUGGAGGUUGCAGAAAUUGUCGACCCUGGCAACUGGACACUGAUAGAAUCAAUCCAAACCUACCGCAAGCAAUGUUACAGUGCUUUCGUCGCUGUCAGCCUCAUCAUUUCGGGAGCAGAGCCACAUCUGUUGUGCAACAUCACCAACAACACUGAUACCAAACUAUCGAUGUCCAACAAAGGGCUGGACGGCGAGCAGAUUUCCAAUCUUAUAUGCUUCUGGGCUGUCUUCGGGUACCACUUCAGCACCAGUACAUUCCAGGUCCUAGACACUUUGGCCACGGCUGCAACAUCGUUCACAUAUGCCAUGCAAUAUGGCCUGAACUCCACUCAAGACGUUGCUCGCCUCUGUGGUGGGCUCAAUCUCGAUGACCCUAUGUAUGAGCAGCUGCACAUCGACUCUCAGGGCAUCAACACAGUCCUCUGCAGUGGUGUGAGCUCAUCCUCAUCCACUUCCACCAGCAUUUCUGAUACCACGAUCACUUCCUUUUCUCAGACCGUGUCAGCAGGUGGAGGUCAGGUGGUCUGGACCAGCUACGGCAGCAACGGUAGCGUGCUGGUCACUGGAACGGCUGGCAGCUUCUCCUGGGCAAAUUCGUUUGGCACAGGUGCAGCAACAGCUACAUGGGGUGCAUCCGGUGCAGUUGCUGGGACUGGCUCUGCAGCAGCUACUGGCACUGCUGUCUCUGGCUCAUGGUCUGGUGGCAACGAAUCGGCAGCAGCCACUGCCUCAGCUGUGUCUGGCUCGUGGUCAGGCAGUAUUGGAUCAGCAUGGUCCAGCGGUACGACCAUAUCUGGAUCGUGGCCUGGUGGUAACGGCUCCGUGUCUGCUGGCGAAACGGUCGUUUCUGGCUCAUGGUCAGUCGGAACCGCUGUUUCCGAUUCUGCAUCUGCUGGUUCGGGCGUCAACGCUACUACAGGCGGCAAUGGGGGUGCUCAAUCUACUGGCCAGUGGUCUAUCACUGCUGGAACAGCAGCUUCUGGCGCUGGAUCUGCUAGCUGGGGCUGGAACGCCACCGGCUUUGAGCCUGGCAACGGACCCACUGCUGAGCCUGUGACUACUGUGUCUCGCAAUGGCACUGUCGUGGUCGUUGGCACAGCUACCGCGGAUGAAGGCCCACUGUCCUUGACCACUUUCACAGAUGCCAACGGCUCAGUCAUUGUCUCUGGCACUGCUGCCAUCUCCGUCUCUGCAACCUCAGGAUCUGGCAUCGACACCCUGAGCAUUACCGGUACUGAUCAGACGACUCAGUCUGCCGCCGCCAGCUUCAACAUUACUGCUUCCAUGCCCGGGCCAGUCGUUCCGACCGGAUCUGCUAUCAAUGUCAGUGCCGUUCCUUCAUUGUCAUGGACCACAUCCACCAACUCAAACGGCUCGAUCAUCGUGAUUGGAACAGGUGCCGUGAGUUCGGCGCCCUCAUUUUCAUGGAACGUGGGCAACGCAACUGCCGGCGGAGGUGCAUCAGGAGGUGUUUGGUCCUCGGGUGUCGGCAGCGGAGGUGCAUCAGGGAGCAUGUGGUCUUCGGGUGCUGUCAGUGUUGGAGGAGGUCAGCUCAUUAGCUACUCUGGCAUGGCAUGGUCAAGCUGGAUCGUAUCCGGCACACCGACUGUCGCGAUCAUUACCGGCACCGAGAGCUCGAUCUCUUGGGGAACGGAAAAGGAAACCGCCACAAUCACCGGCUCUGGUCAGGAUGCAACGUUCACCAUCUACCAGAUCACAAUGACCAUCACAAAGACCAUCAUCGUGUAUGCCACAGCAAUCGAACAGACUUGGUCUGUUUGGGGCGCUGGCGGUGGUGGAAUCAUCUCCGGAGUUGGCACAGCAGGAACGUGGACCCUCGAAGGCAGCAGCUUCGCCAACAGCAGCUCUCCGUCUGCUACAGGCUCAAUCAUCACGGACAUCUGGCCCAAUGCAACACAGGGUACAGGUCAGGCCCCUGACACAGGUUCUCCUGCAAGCAUCACUGGCAGUCCUGCAACUCCUGGCGAUGUUCCUGGCGGAUUCAACGUCACAGCCACCGGUAGGCUCAACUUUACUUCUACAGUGGUGACCUCCGGUUCUACACACAUCGCCACCGGCGAGACUAAUACAACGACUACCAUCGUCGGCGUCGGCAUUGCUCCCUUUGGCAUUGCUCCAUUCGGCACUGGCGCGAUCACGACCAAUUCGGAGAACGUCACUUUCACUCCAGUCUGGUCUGGCCCUGUUAGUGCUGGCACAGGCUCGGCCGGUACAGUCCACGAGAACGGCACGCUCAGCAACUCGUCCUGGACUUCGUCGAAGUUCUCGUAUCCGGACUGGUCGACCAGCACAAGCACAGCCUCUUGA